UUGACGACAAGUUUGCAAUGCAGUCAACAAAAAUGGCUUUAAGCUCGUGCCAGAAAGGUUACUGAUAUUCACCAYGAUUCCRYAAUGACUUAAAGUAAAUACUUUCGAUAAAAUGAGGUGGCGKACMGAAGGAAUAGRACUCGAAGACCUUGUUCCCGUGCCGAGGAAACAGCCGGGUCGUCAUUUUUCYGCCGGGUACCACAUGCUAGGUAACCUGGCCCGUUCCUAUGACGUCAAGUAUGCUCAGAUGACGUAUGGUGACCACUAUCGUAAGAAAAUCGAAGAUGACAUCAUACGCGAGCGUAAUCGAUUGGACGAGAUCAUGGCAACUACAAAACAACAAGCUGGMCACAAWCAAUCAAUGAGUGGAUCAAAGAGUCUCGUCAAYAAACGGUACAACCUGAACGAGAUGAGACAUCACCAGCGCAGGUGCGCGGCGUUACUUUUUGGUGCUAGGCAACAAGGCGAACAUCAAGUCCCUUAUUUGGUUCGUUGGGCUCCUCGUAGACGCGAAAGUUACUAUCUAAUGAGCGAACGAGUGUAUAACGAUCGCCUGCUCAUGAAACUCAAAGAACAAGAAGAAGAGGAAAAGCGAAAAAUGCUGGAAAGCCCACUUAUUUUCGACUUCGACGACAAGUUUGGCACUACGAGUCACUUGUACGACUUCCAAAACCUUAUCAGCAAAACGUCGAAGAACAUCAAAGGACUGAGCUUCGACACUCAGUACAAGGACUACAAUUAUGAAUUUAAAGAGGGAGAWAAGCCAGAAUACAAUGAACCCCAAGGCCGAGUGAUUAUGACUCCGACUAACGAUGACGAUACAAGCUAUAGCAAGACUUCUAAAGAAAGCAAAGUCAAGUUUGGAGAUGUCACAGAGCUUGAGAGUGAACAAACCAUGGGGAGAUUGAACAGGGAGAGAAGGCGGGCAGCUCGGGCCGCUCGGAAGUUAGAGGGCCUCGAUUUGAAUGAUAUUGACAUCGAUUUUUCGCCUGACGCACUUGAUGAUCUUCUGGGGGAGGAUGGCAAUGAAAACGUGUAUGGGGGAGGGGAGGGAAGAAAUAAUGGUAAUUUAUCUGGUGAUAAGUCAUUUGAACGUUCCCGUCGGACUCGCGAGCGAAGGAAGAAAGCKUCAAGUAAAUCUGGUUAUGAAGGAUCGCAAGUUUUAUCCGACAACGACRCGUCAUAUUCCAGUGAUUGGACUGGAGACGAAGAUGAGCUUGAAAAUCACGAAAUGGACGAUGGGAUUGCGGAACUAGGAGGAGUGCACAAAAAUAAAUACUGCAAACAUUYACCAACAAGCUCAUUAAAGAAGCGAUCAGAAGAGUACUACAAGAAACUCCCACGACUACUAAAGACCUCUGAAUUACGCAAGAAGGUUGCUGAAAGURGUAAAGUCAAGAAACCACAACACAACGUUGGGCCUUACGUAAACCACGAUUGUAUGCUGCCAUAUARGACCGCGUAUGAGCGMGCACUGGAACUGGUACGUGGACGAUCCCUGCCUCAAACCCCUGCUGAACUAUACAAUAGAACUACACGUAUGACUUUCUCGUAUAUGCCCGGUAUGCCGGGUACUGAGGGAUUCUCAUUCGAUACAAAAUCUGGAGAAAAGAAGCAUGUUUCGACCAAAACUCCAAAAGGCCCACAAGGAAUGAAAGGAAUUCUGGGUGAUGUCGAUAUGAACCACUUUUAUCGAGAAGAGGACGAAUUGAUUUAUUACGUCAAAAGYGAGGAAYURAAUAUAGUCGUUGAAUCUUCGGAAGACUCGACGGAAAGCCGAUCGUACUUCGAUAGUGACGACGAUACCCACGAUGUAUCCGAAGCGGUCACGAGAUCCACAUCAGAAGCGUAUACGCUAAAGUCAAAAACGUCUUUUGAUACUGACACUGAGUCGGUGCAGUAAURUUGAAAAGUGAAAACCCGCUAACUAUCGAUCAACUGUUGAUAUUGAUUGUGAUCAUUUUCGACCAAUUUCGUUGUGUCUAGAAUUAACACCUUUUUUCCGCAAUUUUUUAUCUUACUUUGCGCAUUUUGCUAUCUAUAUACCUGUCAAUUAUAAUUUGGGUACCCUUUUUUUCUAAAUUCUAGCUAAAAACGUUUUUAAUUCGAGAGUUUUAUUUUUAGCCAAAGGGGGUAUAGAGGGCAUUUUCAAACGAUUUUGAUUUCUCACCACCUAUCUCGUUUUUCCAUUUGGAGUUCAGUGGUGUUCAUUGGUAGAAAGUGGAAUUUGAAGUUAUAUUAUAUCCCGCGUUUUAGCCUGCGGAAUAAGCUUUAAUGCGAGCGUUGCGUGAUUUUAGCCAAUGAGGUUGGGAUGAGGAUAUGUAAUGAGUGCGAUGACCUAUAAGAUAUCGUUUAGCUGAUUGCAUGUCAUUGUAAAUGUACGUAAAAGUAUUUCUUUGGCUAUAGAUCCAGAAUACUACAGUUUUGAAUUCCUAAAAUGCUCUGUGUUAGUCUCCAUUGGGGUAUUCUUAGGUUUGGGCGGGUUUUAAAAUCAAUUUUUUAGCGUUUCCAAGAGCUAUCAAUGAUAUAAAAGAUAUAUUAUUAUGUAUACUUGAUCUUGAGGCCAACACAGUGCAAACUUAAAACUCAAAUUGCAGGAGUAUUGAGCAUACAUAUCAGUCCAAAUUUUAGAACAGUUUAGAGUAAAUAAUUUGAAAUAUAAUCUUCGCCGGUUAUAAACCCGAAUUGUCCAGCUACACUGUCUUUAAUAUUUACUCGGCUUCGACACGCAUGAAACCGUCUGGAUUUAUAGCUUACCUAAGAUCACUUUUAAAUCUUGCAUCUAUUCCGUCUAUAAUGCCUGAUGUCUUGCCAGAUCCUUAUUUAUGGCGUUUGAAGAACCUUUGGGGACCCGAGGCGGUUAGCGAGGCGGCAGAGGCGGUUUGAACUUACC